CUUAUUACCAGCUGCCUGAUUUAACUUGAUGUAAUCUUAGAUACACUGAGAAGGAAAAAAAAAAAAGCUGUCGCUCAUCUUUAACAUUACUUCAUUAGACUAAACUGCUCAAAAGAGAGAGAGAGAGUGAGAGAGAGAGAGAGGUAAGCUGUUUUGGUUCAGUAAGAAGGUAAGAGGAGAAUUCAGUUUUGUUUUCUCUCCCUCUCUCUCUCUCUCUCUUUGUCUUAGUUCCUGUCUCUCGUCCUCUCUAUAAAAGAUCUGCGAUCGUCCAAGUCAAACUCAGCUCUUUACACUCAGGACUGCUGCUCUCCUUUGGGACAGAGGUUGAACUGUAGGAUCCCUCCAGUAAAGACAUCGCUGUCAGAAGGCAGGCAGGCAGGCAGGCACUUUGUUGAGCAGCUACAGGACGUGAUGUGGGCCUCCCUCUUUCUUUGAGUGCCAGUUUUGGAGCGGGAUAGCUGGAGAACACACAAGCACAAUAAGACAAGCCUGGAGGAAACUGCACCAGGCCUUCAUAAAUCACAGCUACACAUCCUUGGCAAAAGAGAGACCUGAGUGGCUUCAGAACUUUGUUAGGCUGUGCAGUGAGGGAAAUACUCUGUAUGGCAGCAGUGGAGCCAUGGUAGAAAAUACAUUACCAGAUUUAGAUUGCAGCACUGCAAAGCAGGCCUGUUAGGUCUAGGCUGUGACAAGCUCCUGGCGAUGACCUCAGCGCCUCAGAGCAGGACCUUCUCCCCUGCCUCCCUCGGGACCCCUUCUCUGCAGGGACCGCCCAACUCAACGAUGCCGACUCACGGGACCCCAGAGUCACCCCACUUACAGCCAACACAGACACAGGAUGAGUCGGGAGCUGCAGAAGGAGCUCAUUCAUUCCGAGGUAAUGAGAGCGCCCUCUACAGUCCCAAGAGCUGCCAUGCACAGAAGUUCCGGCAGCACAGCAAUGAUGAGCUCCCAGGACAGACGUUCGGAACUGCGGAUCAGAGUCGCUUUCACCCGUACCGCCGGCAGUUCAGCACAGAGGAGUACCCUGGAGAAGGGGGGUCUGCUCAGCAGGACCCCUGCUCCCCCCCGCAGUGCCAACGCUCCUUCAACUGCUUCGGGGGUCUGGAGCACCACGGAAAGCCAGACGCAGUGUCACAGCGCCCCCUGGAGCAUCCAACGUCAACUACAUGGGCCAACGUGCCGCCGUACAGCGCGGGACAAUGCCUGCAGAGCAGCAGAGUGAUGAUUCCAGAGCCCAAAUACCAGACAGAAAUACCAGCCGUGCCACAAGAGACGGGCUUGAAAUCUCAGUGUUACCAGUCCCAGGUUCAACACUCCUACAGCACUGUCCCUCGGCUGCAACAGUUCUCCACAGCCAGUAUCUAUCCUCUGGGUCUCUCUGGCAGCUCUCACUACCCCUACCAGCGGAUAGCACCCCAGGCACCCCAGGACACCCAGCAAUCCCUCUACCCGAAACCCAUCUACUCCUACAGCAUUCUGAUCUUCAUGGCUCUGAGGAACAGCAAGACGGGGAGUCUGCCUGUCAGCGAGAUAUACAACUUCAUGACCGAACACUUCCCUUAUUUCAAGACAGCGCCUGACGGCUGGAAGAACUCGGUCCGCCACAACCUGUCCCUGAACAAGUGCUUCGAGAAGGUGGAGAACAAGACUGGCAGCUCCUCGCGCAAGGGCUGCCUGUGGGCCCUGAACCCCGCCAAGGUGGAGAAGAUGCAGGAGGAGCUGCACAAGUGGAGACGCAAAGACCCGGUCACUGUGCGCAAGAGCAUGGCCAGGCCAGAGGAUCUAGACCUCCUGCUUGGGGACAAGCCUGUAAAGUACAAGGUCUCCUCCACGCUGUCUCCCCUCCCAGCCUCUCACCCCAGCACCCUGCUUAUUCAGGGGCACCCCAGCUACGCAAUGGCCCCCUCUUUCACCUCGGCACAGCGUGCCAUGUCCAGCCAGGUGCACAGGCACCCGUUACAGGUCCCAACGGGGGCCCUCAGCCACCAGCCUCUGUUCCUUCCUCCCACACCCCAGGGCUUCCCCCACUUCUCUCCCAGCGGACACCAGCAGCCCUCCUCGGGGAUCCCUCCCAACGAGCCCCCCAAGGCAAGCACCCUGAGCUCCCCCCUGCCCGCCCAAGCCCCUCCCAUCCACAGAGCCUCCCUGCAGGCUGAGCACAGCACGUCCCGGAGCAUGCAGGAGCUGCUGAUGGAGGGGGAGCUCAGCAAUGACAUCGACACUCUGAACCCCAGCCUCACCGACUUCCAGCUGCAGGGACCCCUGUGGGAGGAUUUAAAAGAUGACAGUCUGGCUCUGGAUCCGCUGAUCCUCAUAGCAACCUCUCCCUCUACCGGCCCCUCUCACUGGGGUGGCUGCCUGAUGGAGGACGGGUCAGGUGAACAGAUGCCCGGUUUCGAGGACCACAACAGCCUGAGCGACCUGCACAUCACAGGCACCUACUCGACCACCUUCACAGACUUAGACAGCUACCUGCCCACCCCAGGCAACGCGCCUAUUCCCCUCAUGUGAACGAGGAAUCAGUAACUGCGGAUGAGAUGACGUUAACCUGUCCUACUGCUGUACUUCUUUGUGUUCCUCAACCUUUAUAUUAUUCUUUAUAUUAUUUUAAUAUACUGUACCAGCAUUGUACUACUGUACUGUAAUAAUUAUGUAUGUGGAAAUGAAUGUCUUGUUUGAAAUAUACACAAAAAUCAACAGUGUACUUUUUUAUUGAACAUUCUGUGAAUUUUUUUAACGGUAAACGACUGCACGCGAAGAGUUUGGGUACACUGGUGUAACUACUAUCAGUUUUUGAAAAUGUUAAUUAUUUAUGUAGUUCUGAAAAUGCAUGGCAGGUGGCAGUAUUAGACUUCUAGUUACUGGUAGGAUUUUUAAAUCCAUUUGUUACCUUAUUUUGGCUCCAUUUAAAUAUAUAUAUGAAUUAGUAAAAUUUCCCCGCCGGAGAGAGCGCGCGACGGGUACAUUUUUAAAUUUCAAAGUAACGGUUUUUCCACACCGUUUGGACAGAGAUCGAGAAAAGCAGGUACCGUAUGCACCUUCUGCGAAUAGAAACUGUAUUCAUAUUUGAUUUGCUGUUUUUAAUUUAAACUUAAAGACAAAAAUACCGACCAAAUCCUCAUGUGGACUUGAUAAAAGUUUGUGUUUUGUUUGUAAAGCUGAAAGCAAAUAAACGUAUUCCAAAUAUACAAUUUAGUAAACCGUUUAUAGUUUAAGGUUAACACUUAAAAAUGUAUUUGAACCAUUAGGUCUAUAAAUACAAUAACAAUUAAAAAAAAUAUUUCAGAAUAAAAAAAUUAAACCUCUAUU